AAGCAAACUAUAUAUAUAAUAUUAUAUAUAAAUAAUAUAUAUUAUAUAACAAUAUAUAUUAUAUAUAUGCACUUGUUCUCUUGAUCAUCUUUUAAUCCACAGUAUUUCAUGUUUUUAAAGACAUUACAUGAAAAGCGUGGUAAUUCUUCAGGCACAGUAAAAUCUGGAAGAGAGGAAUGGUGAACAGCUAGCCCUUUAUGAAGACUGGAAUGUGGCUAUCCCUUGCGCUUUACCCAGCCCUCCAGCCUACCUGGGUGUCUCCCCUGCUUUGGCUGAGAGGUCCCGGGAUUCAGAGAGAUGCUGUCUUUGCACUGCCUGGAGCAGACCUCUGUGGGUCCUCUUACUCUUCCCAAUAAUACAAGCACCCUGCACCUUUCCGCACACCCCAGGUUGCGCUGUAGGGACGAGGACGAGUGAGUCCUGAGGCAUUUGGAACGUUUGGAUGGGACGCACAAAGCCAAAAAUGCAACAGUGUAGACUAACAAGAGUCCGUGGGCAGAUUCGAGGGAGGAAGGGAAGGAUGAAUUCGGUCCUUGAUACCGGAAAGGUGCUCGUGGGUAUCCACUUCUGGAGGCUUAGGGCGUCUUUAUGAAGCCUAGGGCAGCAGUGGAACUGGCAUCUAUGGAAGGAUACCUGACGUGAUACAUCAGAGAGCCGGGAGAAGUGGGGAGCUGUCGGAGGAUCUCGGAGAAUCUCGUCCCCGCUAUCCCUAGUGGGCUCUUGCUAAGCCAACGCGGGCGUCGGCUACCGCAGUUUCCCUGAAAAUAGUAGGAGCAAAGGAGAAAAAAGCCUAGUCCUUUCACCUUCGAGUGGCGAGAGGGGGACACCUAGAAGCUUGAGGGCGGGGAUCGCAGAAAGAGCCAGAGUCAGCGGCCGGGGUGGGCCAGGAGCGCGGCGGGGCACAAGCCCGGGUCUUUUCUGCCCGUUGGGUUCGCAGACUUUCUGAGCGGCUGCGAAGAGCCGGCAAGCUCUGGUGCGAACCCGCAGGUCCGGCCCGAGGACGUGCGCCGAGCGAGCCCCGAGCCCAGCCCAAGCACCCCAGCAGCUGCCACUCCCUACUCAGAGCACCCACCUUGAGUGUGCCGCUGCCCACCGCCAUCAAUCACCACUCUACGUGGAGCGCUUUAAAUACGCAAAACACGUCACGUUGUGUGACCCGGUAUCAGUCCUUAGGGAGGGAGCCAAUAUCUAUAUAAACAUGUCCAGGAUGGGCCGAGAAGGGUUAAACGACUGGAGGAGGGAGGGUUGGGGCGGGGGUCUGCAGACCAGGUUGGCAACAUUGGUGAGUUGCUCCUCUCUUCGCCCUCCCUCGCUGCUUCUAUCCAAAGAGUGCUGAGCCCGGGAGGAGGUGGGAGGUGCCGCGGGGUGUGAGCAUUACCGAGGCAGCGGGCAUCUUCAAGAGGGACUGGCAUUUGGGCCCAGGAACUGGGAAAAUGUCCUGAGCUCUCCGGCCUCGAGGAAGGCACGUUUCCUAAGGGCGCACAGUCACUGCCGUCUACCACUGCCCAUCUGUUUUUAGAACGGAGUUCUCGGCCGAGCUUAUAAAUCUCGGGCUUGGCCCCCAAGCUCCAGACUCUCUGGACGGAACAGGUGAGCACUUCGCACUGCUCCAGCGGUUCUUGCGUCCCCUGUGCCCCCUGCGCUCUGAGCGGCCUGGACCCUGCGGGCUCAUCAUGUUCCCUUGGGGGCUGAGCUGCCUGUCAGUGCUGGGGGCGGCUGGCACUGCUCUCCUGUGCACCGGCCUGCUGCUCAGCCUAGCCCAGCACCUCUGGACCCUCCGCUGGAUGCUGAGCCGGGACCGGGCCUCCACUCUGCCUCUGCCCAAGGGCUCCAUGGGCUGGCCCUUCUUCGGCGAAACGCUGCACUGGUUAGCUCAGGGCUCGCGCUUCCACAGUUCUCGGCGGGAGCGCUAUGGGACAGUGUUCAAGACGCACUUGCUGGGCAGGCCAGUGAUCCGCGUUAGCGGCGCGGAGAACGUGCGCACCAUCCUGCUGGGCGAGCACCGCCUGGUGCGCAGCCAGUGGCCUCAGAGCGCGCACAUCCUGCUGGGCGAGCACACACUGCUAGGUGCCGUCGGCGAUCCGCAUCGGCGGCGGCGCAAGGUCCUGGCACGCGUGUUCAGCCGCGCCGCGCUGGAGCGCUACGUGCCGCGCCUGCAGGGGGCGCUGCGGCGUGAGGUGCGCUCCUGGUGUGCGACGCGCGGGCCGGUCUCGGUCUACGACGCCGCCAAAGCGCUCACCUUCCGCAUGGCCGCGCGCAUCCUGCUGGGGCUGCGGCUGGACGAGGCUCAGUGCGCCACGCUGGCCCGGACCUUCGAAGAGCUCGUGGAGAACCUCUUCUCACUGCCUCUGGACGUGCCCUUCAGUGGUCUGCGCAAGGGCAUCCGGGCAAGGGACCAGCUGCAUCGGCACCUGGAGGGGGCCAUUUAUGAGAAGCUUCAUGAGGACAAGGCUGCAGAGCCAGGUGAUGCCCUCGACCUGAUCAUUCACAGUGCAAGGGAGCUGGGCCACGAGCCCUCCAUGCAGGAGCUGAAGGAGUCGGCUGUGGAGCUCCUCUUCGCCGCCUUCUUCACCACGGCCAGUGCCAGCACCUCGCUCGUCCUGCUGCUACUGCAGCACCCGGCGGCCAUCGCCAAGAUCCGAGAGGAGCUGGUGGCGCAGGGGCUGGGGCGCGCGUGCGGCUGCGCACCUGGGGCAGCGGGAGGCGGCUCGGGGCCCCUGCCUGAUUGCGACUGCGAGCCGGACCUCAGCCUCGCAGCGCUGGGCCGUCUGCGCUACGUCGACUGCGUGGUCAAGGAGGUGCUGCGCCUCCUGCCGCCCGUGUCCGGGGGCUACCGCACCGCUCUGUGCACCUUCGAGCUCGACGGCUACCAGAUCCCCAAGGGCUGGAGCGUGAUGUAUAGCAUCCGAGACACGCACGAGACGGCUGCGGUUUACCGCAGCCCUCCCGAAGGCUUCGACCCGGAGCGCUUUGGCGCAGCGCGCGAAGAUUCAAGGGGCAGCUGCAGCCGCUUCCAUUACAUCCCGUUCGGCGGCGGUGCGCGCAGCUGCCUCGGCCAGGAGCUGGCGCAGGCUGUGCUCCAGCUGCUAGCUGUGGAGCUGGUGCGUACCGCGCGCUGGGAGCUGGCCACACCCGCCUUCCCCGCAAUGCAGACGGUGCCCAUUGUGCACCCAGUGGACGGGCUGCGGCUCUUUUUCCACCCCCUCGCGCCUUCGGCUGCGGGGGAUGGGCUAUGCCUCUGACCUGCUUGCACUGUAGGACACGGCUUGGCCAGUGGCUGUAGCAGGCAGCGCCACCCAUCUGCAGCUCCCCAUUGUAGCGUCGCGCACCCUCUCGUUCACUCGUGAAACAAUCGUUCAACAAACGUUCACCAAACGCGAAUGUGUGCCAGACUCGAGGGAAGAGGAGCUCGCCACCGCUGCUGUGGCAGAGAAGCAUCUAAGCCCAUGGGAAGGUGCCUUCUGCGCGCCGCGCCCAGAGGAAGGAAAGGUCGUGGGCCAAGCUUACAGGCUCUCGAAGCAGGAAUGGAGGGAAUAGAUAGAUCCCCACUAGGUGCUGCCUGACUUCCCCUUCCCGAGCCAAUCCUGGGAGGGUGCAUGGAUGGCGAAGGCGGGGUAGGGGUGGUAGGGGAGUAGGGAUAUUGCAACUCGAGGACCUUGCAAAGAGACCCGAACACGCGGUGGGACCUACAACCCAUGUAGAGAAGCCAGAUGCAGCUGUGGGCGCAACCCUGGCCUGGCUUUGGGGCAUAGAAAAACACAGAGGACGCCCGAAGGAAGGCACCCUGGAAGCUGGCCUCCGGCUUUGUGCGCCUUGGCCACUCUGCUGGUCUUCGUGGGAACACGGAACUGUGGGCACUUCCAGGGCUCUAAAGGGCUCAAGGUCACUGGAUUCUGCUGGUGACUUCUUAAAAAGAAAAAUUCCUACUUCAAGAACGUAUUUAAUCUUCUCAUGUAUAUAGAGACUAGGCACACCAACACAUCUCCAACGCUGAAUUAGGUUCAUGGGAAGUUGAGACAUAAUCAGAAAGGUUUAGAUAUUUGUAUCAAAAGUAGGAAGGCCAAGAAAUAAAGUGUCUUAGGAGUGGUUAAGUGAGGAGGGUAGGGCUUAGCUGGGCAGCUGCUCCCUGGGGGGAAGGCACUGGGGUGAGGGUUGGGAAGGCCGGGGAAGGACCCACCAGAGUAUACCCAGAGAGGAGCUGAGAGCUGGGCAGCCUGGGGCCUGGGCUCCCCUGACUUCCCUCUGAGUAUAACACUUUGAAGCUGGGCUGUGAAUUGUCUCCAGGUUUCAGGGACCUUUUUUAUUCUUUUUCUUUUUUUGAGACAGGAUCUCCCUCUGUGGCCCAGGCUGAAGUGUAGUGGCAUGACCAGCUCACUGCCACCUCUGCCUCCCGGGCUCAAGCCAUCCUCCCAUCUCACCCUCCCGAGUAGCUGGGAGUAGCUGGAGCUACAGGCAUGUGCCACAAUGCCCAGCUAAUUUUUUUCUAUUUUUAGUAGAGACAGGGUUUCACCAUGUCACCCAGGCUGGUCUCAAACCCCUGGGCUUAAGUGAACUGUCUGCCUUGGCCUCCCAAAGUGCUGGGAUUACAGGCGUGAGCCACUGCGCCCUGGAGUCACUGCUUUCCUGUGACUCCAGUCCCUGUGUGCUUACCCCUCCCUGCCAUUUCAGGGACUUCUGGUUUUACUGCUUCACCAUCCUCCCUAUCACAGAGGAGAAAUUGAGGAGCAAUCGAGGUGAAUGACUCACCUGAGAAGCCCAGCAAUAGGCUCCUGGACUCCCCAGCCAGUGCUCUUCCCACCCCUUUUUUUCACUAUUCUGCCCCAACCUCUGUUCCUGCAGCCAUCAAGUAGGGCUGAACCCUUUGGCCUCCUUUUCAUGAUAAGCCCUAGCUUGACUUGAGGACUCUCAACCGUUCCAGUACAGAGGUUCCAAACAGUGUGUAAAUCAAAGCAAAAGCCUCUAUGUCGUCAUUCCCAACAGCCCACUUCAAUCUGCCACCCAGUUUCUGACAGGCGGGGGCAGCUGGACCUAACCGGUGAGCCAGGGAAGUAGCCGCCAAGGCUGGAGCUGACCCCUUAGUGAACCAGAAGGAAGCCAGUGCCCUCCUGACCUUAUGCUUAAGGUGGAUCCUGGCCAGAAGGACGGGGGACACAGCAGGCGCUUACAGGGAUGGUAGCUCCAGAGUGAAGCGGGCCCUUCCGACCUGGGCUGACUCUGCCAUAACCCCCAUACAGGGCAAUUCAUCACCCAUUGCCAGUCAAGAGCCUGGCGCCAGGCCCUGAGCUCAGCAGACACCAGGGGCAGCAAAGGUGGCAGGCUAUGGGCCUGCCCUAAGAGGACUCUUGAGGAUGCAGAAGACAGCCUGGCCUGAGAAGCAAGGGUUUGGAUGAGGAGAAGGACUCAGGCUUCCGGUUUGAUGUGAUUUCGAGAGAGGAGAGAAGAAUGGGGUGGGGACCCUCAGAAGCAAGGCCAGUUGAGCUGGUUCCAAGAAGACCUGGUAGACCUGCUCUGGGGUCUGGACUAACUCUAAGCCUCUGUGGGAGUGGCUCCAAUUUUAAUUUUCCAUGGGUACAUCAUGCUCAGUAAUUUCAAGGGAUAGCUGAGCUCCUGUCUUAGUAGCUGCAGAUUCUCUAGGGAAGGAGCUGAGGAGGUUCCUGCCCCCCUGCACUUGACAUGCUCAGAGGGAGAUAGACAAGAAAUAAACUAGCAAACAAAAGAGUAAGGAUAUGUCCAGCGGUGAUAAGCGCAGUAAUGGAAAUAAAACAGGCCUGUGGUACAGAGUGUCUGCGGCUAAAUUAGGCUGGAUGGGUGGGUGGGGGGGAACCUUGGAGGAGAUGACAUUUGACUUGGGAAGGAACCAGCCAGCAGUGGCCUGGGGGAGGGGUGCCUCAUGCAGAGGGAACAGCAGGUAUAAAACCCUGAGUUCAGAAAUGAGAAGGGGGGCUGAAACGAGAAAAGUAGAGGUGGCCUGCUUUGCUGUGACUCCAGCGCCCUCACUCCUCCCCACCAGUAAAACAACCCGACUCCCCACCCCUGCCCCUUAGCAAUAGGGAGGCUGUUUUGUAAACAUCUUGGAAACAAGUUGUUUUUCAGUGAACCAACCCCCCUCCCCGCCCACCACCACCCACGAAAGCUUGGCAAGAUUCCUAGAUCAAAGUUCCUAUUGGGCUGGUAAUUUAUUGACCCCCCCCCGCCCUGCCCCCUUCAAGAUGUUCUUUAAAGAUCAUUCACUCUCACAUUUAAUCCUUUCCUGUCUGACAUCCCCGCCGCCUCGAUGGACAGAUAGAUUAAAACAUUUUUUCCCCCUGCGGCAAUUUCCAGCUCAUCUUGUGACCCGGCGU